CGAGGUGACGAACAGACAGACACCACAAGAGUAGUCACAGACAGGACAAUGACCACGGCGGUGAAUGUCUUCAGCACAAGUGCCACGUCUGAUAACCUUAGCAGACAUGACAUGCUUUCAUGGGUCAAUGAUAAUCUUCAAACAAGCUAUUCAAAAAUAGAAGAAUUAUGUUCAGGUAGUGUGUACUGUCAGUUCAUGGACAUACUGUUUCCAGGAAAUAUACCUAUGAAGCAAGUGAAAUUCAAUACAAAACUAGAACAUGAAUAUAUACAGAAUUUCAAAAGACUGCAAAUCUGCUUUCAAAAACUGGGUGUUGAUAAGGUUAUUCCAGUAGAACGACUUGUAAAGGGACGUUUUCAAGAUAAUUUUGAAUUUUUACAAUGGUUUAAAAAAUUCUUUGAUGCAAAUUAUGAUGGAAAAGAUUAUGACCCAUUAGCAAGCCGGCAAAAUCAGGCUAUGGGAGCACCACCAAAAGCUGCAACACGGUCACCUGCCGCAAAGACAUCGGCCAAACCAACUAGAUCAGUUCCAUCUGCUCAAACAAGAAGUCCAUCUGGUUACGGUGUUAAACAGCCAGGAGCUCGUGCUAAUAACCAUGCAGCAGCUGGAGACAAGAACUCAGAGAUGGUGUCAGAUCUUACUCAAAGGGUUAAUGAAUUACAGCUCACUGUAGAAGGUCUUGAAAAGGAGAGAGAUUUCUACUUUGGAAAAUUGAGGGAUAUUGAAGUGCUGUGUCAGGAACAUGAAGAUCAUGAAUAUAUAAAAGGCAUUAUGGAGAUCUUAUAUCAGACAGAGGAAGGCUUUGCUCCACCAGAAGAUGAAGUUGGCAAUGACAUUGAUAAUGGAGAGGAAGAAGAAUAUUAGAAGACCAUCUUAAAGACUGAUGUAUAUAUUAUGUGGCCCAGCCCUCAUUACAUCUGAAUUUUCAACUAUUAUGAUAGUUUAAUAUUGGUUUGAGGUCUUGGAAAGGCUGUACCUAAGGAAUGGUUACCUGAAGAAGCUGUACAGAUUUCUUCAGAUACACAUACACUCAUAGAACGAAAGGAAGAAUGAAUGCUAGGAAAGGAUCUGUACCGUUGAUGCUACAAGACAUAUUCAAAAGAAUCCACUCUGAUGUGAUAAUUGUUGGCCAGACAUUUAAAUAAAUAUGAGUCUAAUUGUCUCAGCUAAGGCUUAAAAUAGUGCUACCCAUUCUUGUAUGAAUUAAAAAGUGUUAUGAGUACACCUAGUGCUACAGUUUACAGACAUUACAUAACAUUGUGUUUGCUGCAUGAUUUGUACUUUUUCUCAAAAUAUUCAUGUUUUUGUAUUAACAAAGAUUGAGAUCUGCAUUCUUUAAACUUCUGAAAGUAAAGUGUUUUAUUGCUGAUUUCCUUUGAAAAUCAAACGCUGGUGUAAAUCCAACUUUUUUGCUCAGUUUAGAAAAUUGAUUCCUUUUCUUAUUGUGAAAAGUGUAACCAAUGCACAUGCAUUAUUUCACUUCAUAACCAUGUCAGAAAAUAUCUUCAAUGUCAGAAUGAUUGAUUUUGAUUGAUUAUGUGGAUUUGUUCAAGUGACAUAAAUGACUUUGUAAUCCAAUGCAAACAAAAACAACACAACAUUUUGUGGCUUGAAAUUUGGGAAAUGGGAAGUAUUGAGUUGACAUGCAAAAAACAUUUCCAUACUUGACUUUAAGUCCUCUGCUUUUCUAACAGAUUUGUUUGGGUUUUUUUGUCUUUGGCUCCCUUUUCAACCGGAUAAUAAACAUGGCAUUUUAUUUACUUAUUUGUGUGUUAGUGUUCCAUUGCCAGUUGUAAGAAUGAUGUCAUAGUCAAUGUACUUAACUAUCAGUAGGAUACCUGGAGAUCUAAUACCCUGGUGUAUACAGAAUUAAAAGUGAUAUCAAAACAAUUAAGUCCUUCAUUAAUUAAUUUUGAACUAUAUCCAUCAUACUCAAAAAGGUAUACCCAAUGAUAAGAAAGUACAGGUAACUUUAAACCCCAAUAUACUCAACACUUGGCAAAUUUACCAAAUUCAGAAAAUUUCGUAGAGAACUUCCACUUGAUAAUUAAGCAAAGAUAAGAUUAAAACAUACUGAACUGAUUAGUAUGUAUGAAGAAACACUUUAUGAGGGUAACGAGACAAGUGAAAAUUAAUAAAAGUGGGUCCCAUUUAAAAUACAAACUGGUAUUAUAUGACGAUCAGAGGGCCAUCAGGAAAAAAACACAUGACCAAUUUCAUCACUGAAAUGUACAGGUAUAGUAGGCACAUUUACAGUUAAAGUGCGAUGUUGCUUGUGCUGCACGCUUUUCGUGACAUAUCGCAGGUGGAAUGCAAUUCAAGGGCUUGCUAUGUAGUCUGAAUAGGAGGUAUUUGUGUUGUUAGUAAAUAAUGACCCCGUCAUGGAAACGUCUAAACGAUUUUCUGAUUCUGGUUCAGCUAUGAUUGUAAGUGGAAGCAUUUUCACAAAAAGUAAAUUUCAACAGCUUUUAUAUUUAUGCAAACACAUGAUAUCGUCUCAGUUAUUUCUCAUAUCAGUAAAUCUAUACUGUAUCAACAUAAAUAUUUUUUCUCUUCUGUCUUUUGGUGAAAGUUGCGUAUAUUGGGGCUUUGAAAUGUUUUGAAACAAUCAAUUUUGAAGUGUCUCAUAAAGAAAUCCAUUGCAUAUAUACCUUUGUAGCCCUGAGAUCAACUUUGAACAAUAACUUGAAUAUUCACUAUCAACAGUUACAUGCAAAUGUAGUUGAAGUGAAGUAGUGGGCUAAUAUGCUUCGGAGAUUUUAGGUUCCUUGGGUUACCGCUCUGAAAUAUUUUUUUGUAGAGAUGACUAAGUGAGGAAAGCAUUACUUUGAGGGUGAAGCAGACUUCAUGAUAAUUCAGUUUUUAGGUAGUUAAGUUGGUUUUUGUAUUUUUCAUACAGUUUUGCAUGUCAUUGCUACCCUAAGAUCUGUUAAUGGGUUAAAGAGACGAGAUAAAGAUUUCGAUCUAUCCAUGUAUUCAAAGUUAUGUAUAAUGAAAUUUUAAUCAAAAUUAAGGCAUGAUUAUAAUAGCUAAUGUUACUGUAUUUAUGGUGUUGUACAAUCAUACAGGGUUCUUUAAAUGAGCUCUCUAAAGUGCUUGAUACAUUGGAAUACUGUAGAUGUUCAUACAUUCAGAGCAAAUCAUAAGAUUUUUCUGGGCUUUUUUUUUUAGGUAAUGAAACUUGAUACAGGCAAGGUUGAUGUAAAAACUAUUAAAAGUAUGACAAACAAAGGGUGAAAUUAUACAGCAUUAGCUUAUAAUAUUUAUAAAAGUAUUUUAUAAUAUGUAACUUUGCACUUGAAAUAUACUAGUAUAUUAUUUCCAGCAUGGUGAAGUUCUGUUUUAAAUAAAAAGAAGGAGCAUUGAUAUAGACAAUGAAUCUCGUUCUAAAUUAUUUCCAAAGUGUUAUUGACUAUCGUUGUUCAAGUUUGAGGUUUCUUCAUUUGAUAAAAUGAUUACAACUUGGAGUGAAAAAGAUAUGAAAUUAAUAUGAAAAUAGGAAUAAAAGUGAUGUAUUUGUGAAGAGUUACCACACAGAAACAUUUGAUUCAAUAUAGAAAUUUCGAUAAUAGUUUUAUGAGAUUGUCUUUAAUGAACUGAUGCAGGUAAAACCUCUGCAGAUGGUAGGUCUCUGGUCACAAAAUAUUGCUAAUAUUUACUAUUUUGUUAUUUUGCCAGUUCAUUGUAAGUCAAUGUACCAUAGUCUGAUUACAUUUCUAUUUUAUUUAUGUACUCUGUUUGCAAUUAUAAUAUAUGUAUUAUAUCUUAAUCACUAAAGAAAUUACAUUAUAGUUCAGCAUGCAUACAUUUGUUUAUCAGUUUAAAAAAAAAACCUGUAUAAAUGUUCAGUAUUUGUUCACAGUAACUUUUCUUUUGCAAAAUUUGUAAUACAUAACUAGCCAAAAUGUUCAAAAAGAGGAUAAUAAAAAAUAACACCAAAGCAAAAUAUA